GGACAGAACCUCUGCAAAUGCUGCACAGCAAAGAGAAGAGCAGGAGAGAUGCACAUUCGUGAGGCUUUCAGGAACCUCAUUCCAGCUACCUCUUGCUAAGCUCUUUUUUUUUUUCUUCCAAAAUACGUCAUUUAACUGUCUGUCAAAAUAACUCUUGCCUAGUCUACCUGCUCACACUCCAGAGCUGCAGCCUCUCCUGAUUCCCUCCUCAGUGGCAAGCUGCUCAGAGAGCACCUAGGGAAUAGCGUUAGCCCCUCUGCGCUUUCUCCUCUCUCCCUGCCAGGGCGCACGCUGUCCAUCGGAGAAGUAAUUAAUGGGCUCAUUAUGUAUGGAAGCGGCAUCCCACCACUUGGCUGUCUGGUGUGAACGGAUCCUAUCAGCACUUCAUUCAUGUUCAGUGUCUGGGAUGUGACAAAGCUGUUCUUCCUUUUGGAUUUUUCCCUCACCACACUCAGAAAACAGUGCACUGGAGUGAUGUGUUAACAGAGGCACCAGGGGAAGAAAGGAAAUUCUUAACCUCUGCAGACAGGAGGCUGAAAGGAUGGAAAGUUGUUAAGGGGAAAGCCAAGGGAAGCAGAAGGUGCUAGAGAACAUCCGUGCUCCUGGAACACACAGCAAUGUUAAAGCAGCGUGAUUUGGGAACAGUCAAGACCCUGAAUUACAGGUGAGCACAACUUUUCCAGAGGGUGAACAUGUACAGGAGCAGUCAGGAUUUCUCAUUGCUGAGAUAGUCAAUGAAUUUUUAAUAAGUUCUGAGCACUGUGGUCAGAUCAACAGCUGUUAUCUGAUAAGGGCACAAUUCACUGAUUUCCAUAAUCCUAUCGGAAUGGAGUCUUCACCUUGCUGCUACCUGUGCUAACUAACACCAUGAGAUUACCGGGUCUCAGAGAUGCUGCAAGAAACAAGACCCACGGGUGAAGGAGAUCACCACAGCAAAGUCCAUGAGGCGUUUCCAGCAUGCGAGCUUACCAUUCCUCACUGAGCUUCAGCCAACUCCUGCCAGAUACUGGCCAAGAACAGAGGAGCCCAAACAAAGAGCCCUCCGAACCUCAGACUAAAUCUGAAUGUAACUGCUUGAACCAGGAUGGAAGGGGAGUCUUACCGCAAUGACACCACAGUCAAUGGCACCCCAGUAAAUCACCAGGCUUUGGAACGCCAUGGUCUAUGGGAAGUCAUCACUAUUGCAGCUGUGACGGCUGUGGUCAGCCUGAUGACCAUUGUGGGCAAUGUCUUGGUCAUGGUCUCCUUCAAAGUCAACAGUCAGCUCAAGACAGUUAACAACUAUUACCUUCUCAGCUUGGCCUGUGCAGACCUCAUCAUUGGCAUCUUCUCCAUGAACCUCUACACGACCUACAUCCUUAUGGGACGCUGGGUUCUGGGGAGUCUGGCUUGUGACCUUUGGCUUGCCCUGGACUAUGUUGCUAGCAACGCUUCUGUCAUGAACCUUCUGGUGAUUAGCUUUGACCGUUACUUUUCCAUCACAAGACCACUGACAUACCGGGCCAAGCGGACCCCAAAGAGGGCUGGCGUCAUGAUUGGCUUGGCCUGGCUGGUCUCUUUCAUCCUCUGGGCGCCAGCCAUCCUCUGCUGGCAGUACUUGGUCGGGAAGCGGACAGUGCCAGCUGAUGAGUGCCAGAUCCAAUUCCUCUCCGAGCCCACGAUCACCUUCGGUACUGCCAUCGCGGCCUUCUACAUCCCUGUCUCUGUCAUGACCAUACUCUACUGCCGGAUCUACCGGGAAACAGAGAAGCGAACCAAGGACCUGGCUGACCUCCAAGGUUCCGAUUCUGUGGCAGAAAACAAGAAGAAAAAACCGGCUCACAAGACCCUGCUCAGAUCUUUCUUUAGCUGCCCUAGACCCAGCCUGGCCCAGAGAGAAAGGAAUCAAGCCUCCUGGUCAUCCUCCCGCAGAAGCACCUCAGCAACAGAAAAGCCAAGCCAGGCCACUGGCCUAAGUGCUGACUGGGACAAGGCUGAGCAGGUCACUAACUGUAGUAGCUACCCCUCCUCAGAGGAUGAAGCCAAGUCCACCACUGACCCUGUCUUCCAAGUGGUCUACAAGAGUGAAGCCAAGGAAAGCCCAGGAAAGGAAUUCAACACCCAAGAGACCAAGGAAACUUUUGUGAACCCUCGGACUGAAAACAAUGACUAUGACGCUCCCAAAUACUUCCUGUCUCCAGCUGCUGCUCACAAACUCAAGAGUCAGAAGUGCGUUGCCUAUAAGUUCCGAUUGGUGGUAAAAGCUGACGGGACCCAGGAGACUAAUAAUGGUUGUCGAAAGGUGAAAAUCAUGCCUUGUUCCUUCCCAAUGUCCAAAGACCCUUCAACAAAAGGCCUGGAUCCCAACCUCAACCAUCAAAUGACCAAACGAAAGAGAAUGGUCCUAAUCAAAGAAAGGAAAGCAGCCCAGACCUUGAGUGCCAUCCUCCUGGCCUUCAUCAUCACAUGGACCCCUUAUAACAUCAUGGUCCUGGUUUCCACCUUCUGUGACAAGUGUGUCCCUGUCACCCUGUGGCAUCUGGGUUACUGGCUGUGCUAUGUCAACAGCACAAUCAACCCCAUCUGCUACGCUCUCUGCAACAGAACCUUCAGGAAGACCUUUAAGCUGCUGCUCCUCUGCCGGUGGAAAAAGAAAAAAGUAGAGGAGAAGCUGUAUUGGCAAGGGAACAGCAAGCUACCCUGAAAAGUUAGCAACUCCCCUUGAAAGUAUAAGGAUCACAGUGUGGUUUGCUUGUUUUAAAGAAUGUCACCUGCCAUUCUAGUCCCUGAAGGCUUGUCAAGGUUCGAGGUCUAUUGUCAAAUGAAGAGUCACACAUGCUGCUGCCAUGUGAAGUGAGUCUUGUCUAUUACCAAGGGCACCUGAUGCCACUAGAGCUUGCCAGUGAAACAGAGAGACAGACUUAAAGCCCGUCUCUGCAAGCACACUUGAGUCAUCAUGGACAAUGUCUUCAAGAACUGAUCUGUGAAGAACAGUAGGGACCAGAGAAAAAUAUUCCCCUGUGGCAUUCCGCCAGAGAGUAUUGUGCAAAUGUGUAAAUGUGUGUGUGUGUGUCUGUAUGAAAGUGUCUUAUACCAGUGAGAGUGUAAGCCAGGUUCACCUCUGGAUAAAAAUGAUAUUCAACUAGCUUCUAAGAAUAUCACUAUUUGUAACUUAGUCGCUUUUAUUAUGCCGCUAUCACGUGCUUCGUACUGUGGCAUUUUUUUUUCAUUCGUACACAGAGUGAUGCUCUUACUCUUCCUUUCAUAACUAUGGCAACUCCUUACACAGUGAAACCAUAGUGAUUCCCAUAUUCUCAGAAUCCUAAGUCAAGAAGAAUGUUGACAUCAGCAUACUUGGUCUCCUAAGGAGCCUCUGUUCUGCUCCUGAUGAUGAUCAAGUUUCUAUACACAGUUAUUUUCAUGUUUUACCAAUGCUGUAAAUAUUUCUCUUAACAAAUAUUACGUAUUUUUCGUGCCCAUUUGAAAUCAUUUAUUAAAUAUGCUGUCUUCUCAAGAGAAACUGGUUGCAUAACAGCCCUGAUCAGUAAAGAUCCUUGCAGGAUAGUGAAUGCUGGGUCUCCUAUGUUGUUUUUCGGGGGAAUUGCUUUCUAAUCUCUUCUCAAAACAAACCAGAUACAAACUGUGGAAAACAUAUGAUUCCUUCCAUGCUUUUAAAUUUCUUUAAUAGUCUUUGAAGUGCUCCCCACCCCCACCCAGACCCCUAACUCACACCCAAACAUGCACAGACAACUGACCUGUGCUGCAAAAGAUGUGUUGCUUGGGCAAACAGAAGGGGAAUGUCUCCUCCUUCCUCCUCCCCUUUCUCCUCCCUCUUCUAUACAGGUCUUUCUUUCAUGUUUGAAAGACAAAUCCUAAUUGCUCAGACCUAUCCAACUUCACCCAAAAGAGAGAAGCUUGUAAAAGGACAAUUGAGGAUUCAGUGCAUCAGGUUAUGGUCUGUAAACAUAAAAAGCUUUGUCUAGGAGAAGCCCAAUGGUAUAGCAUUCACAUCACAUGCCUAUGAGGCACUGGAUUCAACUCCCAGCACCAAAGUAGACAUUUGUUUUUAACUAUAAGUUACAUAUUUCGAAACUAAGUGUAAGUUAUAGUGCUAUAAAAACAAAAACACCAACAUGCACUUGUACACUGCAGUUAUUUCAAAACUGAGUUUAACUGAACUCAGUAUUUUUAUAUAAACAAACUAGAAGUGGAGUGGUGCCCAGUGAAGAGUGCUUGCCUAGCAUGCUCAAAGCGUUUAGGUUUACAACCAGGAGGGGGAAAAAGAUGAACCGAAGAUGCUUCCUUGAGGAUUCUGAAAAAUAAAUGCACACAAAAAAAGCUUAAAGGUGUAAAAUAAUAAGUAAAAUCGAUGAAAGAUCCACAGUAAAAGCAGUGCAAUGGUACAUGAACAAUCGACAGAUGGAAACUGUCAGAAACUCUGUAGUUAAAUUGUAGUUAAAUCUGCUGAUAUCAUUUGACUCUGUGUUAAAAAGAAUCUGUUCCCUUCGAUGGGUGUGGUGGAACAUACCUGUAAUCCCCGCACUUGGAUAGUGGAGGCAGCUUUGUCUAUAGCAAGAGCCUAUUUCAAAAAGAAAAAAAAAAUCUGAAUUUCAUUUCACUCAAUGGAAGCCAGCUCUCUUUCAACCUCAUUUUCUAAGAUGGUGGAAAAAAGAAUUGGACUGCUUUCCUGUGAGGUAGAUGUGUACCUGAAUUCUUCCUUCGACCCUGGAAGAAUGGAGUUGCAAGCCAAGGAGGCUGCAGGCUGGGGCACUCUUGGGCAGGACAAGGCUAGUCCACCCAGGCCUCUAUCCUAGUCCUGCAUGUUUGAUGCACCAUUGUUAUGGAGCCUUUGUAAAGGGCAGGUUAACACCUGCCAAGGGCUUAGUAGAAAAUACUAAUUGGCUCAAAUCUGUGAGACAGAGAUUCCCAGGCCUACAUGAUACCAGAAGGGUGUGGCUUUACUUGAAAACCUGCUUUACCAGCUCUAGACGUAUUUGAUUCUUUUCCUUUAAGGCUGCUGGUAAAAUUGGAAAUCUCGCCAUGAAAAUGGCAUUUUAAUCCUGUACAGGCAUUCACAAUAGAGGGAUAAACCAGUAAAGCAAAGGGACCCAGAACUGGAAUGGGAAGAGUGGUGCUCCUAGAGACACAUGGACACUCCACCGUCAUACGGAAUCAGGCUUUUUAAUUUCUAUUUUUGUAAAAUUGAUCUUUAUAAUCGAUUCUGGAAAGUAGCCAGGUUUACAGAGCUACUCGUGCUCAUUAGCAUACAUACCCCUAAACUACUAGACAAGGCAUACAAAACCCCUAAACUACUAGAGGAAACUAAACUUUCCUAGAGUGAGGGCCUUGAGUGGGGCCUCCAGAAUGCAGAGAUUCAGUUGUAAACCACAGGAACUGGGUCAUGAACCACCCACUGGUGGAGCAUGAGCUGACCAGAUCCUAAACAUUCUGGAUCCCAGUUUCCUGAGCUGUGUCUUGGAUAAACUAUGCCCAGCUUUAACUAGUUAUUCAUUGGCUGGUAUGUGCUGCUAAUAAUGUGAUUUGUUUCUCCUUGGCUAUGAAUUUAGUGACAUGUCCCAGAAUCUUGGUUUUCCCUUCAUGUUUUGGUUAAACAAAGCACUUUGUCAACAUUCCCCUGCUUUUGCAUCCUCUGAGGAUGAUGCUGUUGUUUCUUCGUAAUUGUGAAAUCUGUAUCUAAACCCCUGAGGUGGGGUAUACAGCUGUUUACUAUAAAUAUCCAAAUCAGAGUAAAGCAUUCUGUGUUGUAUUGUUUUGGCUACUGAGGCAAUUGAACCACACAGUGAUUCCAUGAAAAGUAUUAAAACUGGAGAGUGUUCUCUGUUUAGCAUGGUGGACCUGUCUGUAUCCGGGUCCUGCCCAGCUCUGCAUGGCCUUCCCUUUUAAGAUAGGGCACACCCUAUGAAAUACACAACUUGCUACUUUCUGUGAUUUGUCAUUCCAUUUACCAAUGAUCAAAUUAAAAUUAAACAAUGAUGAUAAAAUUCUAUGGUUAAAAUUCUUCCUUUCUCCUGUAGGACAAGGGUGAGGGACAGACCUAGAAGAACGGCUCCUCUCAGACAGAGACCCUGUGCCAAAGGGAGCAGCCCCACUUUGUCCUCUGUCAUUUCAUUACCCCUGAAGUGACUGUCAUUUCCAUCUCCCUCAUUUCAUCUCUUCAAUAAAGUUCAAGAUUAUGCAAGUUCUUCACUGAUUUAAGAAAAUGUAUACUGGGGGUUGAGGGAUAAACGUGUUGGAGCCAGAGGCACCUUUUAAAAAGAACAAACUCUUCUGAAGUUAAUUUUGAACUUAUAUAAAAGCUGAAUAAGUGCUACAAACAACUCUUUCCCCUUCAUCUAUUUUACAAACUCAUUCCAACGUCGUCCCAUUACUGCGCACAUUCUGAGUAUGAACAGCUGUGUGUGCUGGCACACACACUUUGUUCUCAGCUGCCUGAGAAUAGGCUGUCUUCAGGUGUCUACUUACCUCAGAGUGUCUCACUGUUUUCUUGUUUCUUAUGAACAAGGUUACUUUAUGUAACCACUACACAAAUAACAAAAAGCAAGAAAACUGGCAUUGCUACAAUGUUGUCCUGUAGUCUAUAGACUGUACUCAGAUUUCACCACUUAAGUCAAGAAUUUCUUUCCUAGUUCAGGAUCUUACCUAGGAUCAAACAGUGCACUAUGCAAUGGCUUCUUUAAAACCCUUUAAUCUGGAGGAGGGUCUCAGCUUUUUUUUUUUUUCCUUCAAUUACAAAUGCAUUUCCAGGCUCUCUGCAUGCUAAGCAAGCACUCUCCCGUUGAUCUACAGAUUCAUUCUCAGUG